CUCUAACAUAUGACAUUUCUUCGAGUAUAUAGGUUUCAUUCUUCUGUGGUGUACAUAUAUGGUGUAUCUUCGAUGAGUGUGCAAUUAAUUAGCAGCAAUGAUAAGUUGGUGGUGUAUUCUCGGUAUAAUACCUGUUUUGGAGACUUUAUAUACUGAUGGAGUAAUCAGGUGUCCAAAUAUUUGUUGGUGCAAGAAUUCCAUUACAAAUUGUCAAAAUAACAACUUAACCGAACUACCAGCUGGAAUCGAUAUCAAUGUAACCAAUCUGGAUCUGUCCAUCAACAACUUUGGAAAUAUUUCCCAUGAUAUACGAACGUUCACCAGUUUGAGAUGUCUCAACCUAUCUACCAACAAGAUAGCAACACUUGGGCACUCAGAUUUUGAAGGUUUGGAUAAUCUAGAGAAAUUGGACCUAUCUUCCAACCUAUUUCAUGACUGGAAAGAUGUGCAUUCCCAAGCUUUUACAAAAUUGGGAAAACUUGUGUACCUGGAUCUCUCCAACAACCCACUUAGAAACCUGCCUAAUCUGUUCAACCAGUUUUCCAUACAAUCUUUAGAAAUACUUAGAGUCAACAACUGCUCUAUGGCUCUCAUACCAAAGGCAUUAUUCAAAAAUUUAGAGAACGUUCUGGAAUUACAUGCAGCUUAUAAUCCUGUCAGCAUCCUUAAUGGAACGUUUGGAUCUGAUACUCUGAAAUAUAUGGACUUGAGCUAUUGUUUAUUAACUCACAUAUCAGACGAUGUGUUCGUGAACUUAAAGGCAUUAGAAACCCUAAUAAUGAGGAAUAAUAUUCAUCUCAGAAAACUAGAAAUACAUUCAGAUAAUUUACUCUUCCUGGAUCUUUCCGAUAGUAGCUUAGAGAGUGUUCCAACUGGUAACUUGAAAGCUCUGAAAUCUCUUAACCUACGUGGAAAUUUCUUGAGAAAUGUCCCAGAUAAUAUUUUCUGUAACUAUUCCAGCUUGACAUAUUUGAAUCUGUCUUACAAUGUUUUAGAAACGAUUGAUGAGAACGCAUUCAAGAAUUUAGAUAUGUUGUCAGUCCUGGAUCUCUCAAUAAAUAAAUUAGCCACCAUAAGUGAAAAAACAUUGUUACCUACUAUAGUACUUUCACGAUUGGACAUUUCUCAGAAUUACAUCAAUUCUCUGGAUGGUUUUCGAAGUAUGUCGCUGAAAACAUUAGAUGCAAGUAAAUGUGAAAUAUACAGUGUUCAGAAGUUCAGUAUUUCCAGUCUUCCUAAGCUAGAACAUUUAUACUUGCGAAAAAACUUCAUAUCUUCACUCCCAGACGGUUGGGAUGGAAAUCAUCUUCGGUCCCUGGAUCUCAAAGGUUGUAGAAUCAGAAGCAUCAACAACAAGACGUUCACCCAAAUGAAUUAUUUGUUAUGGCUCGAUCUAUCUAGUAAUCGCAUAUCCCAAAUUCAUCCAAGUUUUUUCCCAGAAACCCUGAUAACUCUAAAGCUAGAGGACAAUCAAUGGGUUUGCGAUUGCCCUAAGCUCAAGGAUAUGUUCGAGUGGCUAAUUUUUUCAGAGGAAGUAGUAGAUGGUCUUAUUUGCGACUCGCCCCAAAAGGUUGAGGGCGAAAACUGGUACUCUGCUUGUCAGAAAGAGUGGAAUCCAUCUAAGAAAGGACAGCUAUGGUGGUACUCCAUGGGGCUCAUAAUAUCCAUGACUCUCUUACUAGUGAUCGUGUUGACUUUACGGAAACUGAAUGAUAUCAAAGAAAAGCGAUGGCGUGAGCAGGAAGAACGUACAAGAAAUGAGGAAAGGGAAGCUAGGGAGGCUCGACAAAGAAUGCAGAGACUUCAGAGGGAGUUUAGAGAGGAAGCCAGCCGAAAUGCCCCAGACCCUAGGGAAAGUCAAGGCCCACCUUCGUAUACUGAUGCGCUACUGCUGCCGAAGCCUGAUCCCAGUAUAUCGGGUAGUAUGCAUAGCCUGGCUUCCAGAGGCAGUCUUCAUGGGAGUAACCCUGAAAUCCACAAAAAGAAUAAGGUGAGGCGGAAACGAAGGAGGAGGAAGUCAGAAAGUUCUGAAACUAAGAGGAUGUCCCGUGCAAGUAUUGAUGUUGAUGACACGGAUACUGAGCAAGAAAUAAACCCUAGACCUCUAGAAAGUGAUUUUUGAUAGGUGUCCUUUUCAACGUCUGUCCAUACAUGGAGAUUUAAGUGAUGUAUUAACAUUAGACUGAUAUAGUUCAACCUUGACUUAAAUUUGAUUGACGUUAAUGAACUGAAUUGGUAAAUUUCUAAUAGUAAACAUGCCCCUACGUUGACAAUUUUAUUUCGUGGUAAGGAUAUGAACUCGGUGUAGGUCUUAUGUCUAGUUGCGAUGUCGGGCCGAGUUGCAAUAUACCGAGUGUAAUACUCACCAUAACGUUAUCAUCUUGAUGGGAACUGCGAAUUUAUUUUCUGCCGUACGUUCAAUGCAUUUCUUGUGAAUAAUUCUUGGAUGAGCAAAAAAGUUCCAUGUGAGUUGAAAUUUGAGAUAAAUCAAUAAAUAGUGUUAAUUUUACUGUUAGUUACCAUAACUGAAUGACACCUUUUUUGUAUCUUUCCAUAUAUUAUAGGAUAAUAGUAUUUCAUCAUCUU